AACGACUAAUCAUGGAAACUCUUCAUUUAUCAAAUCUGAAUCCUACUUCCGUGUUUUCGUUCCCCCGCCAAAACACACACAGAGUCUCCCUCAAACCAAACACCACAAUCUCAACAUGGGCGACACACCAGCACUCCCUGACUAUGUCCUUGACCCAGAUGCAGUCCUAAAAGAUACAGAGGCGGCCUGGCGACACGGCCAACCCCCAAAUUACUCUAAAACCCGAGAGUUCUAUGAAAAGACCAAAACAAUGACACACGAGGCCGGCAGCCUACCAGACCUCGUUGAAAAACUCGUCAAAAACUGGGAAAUCGAAGCCUCAUUCAAGACCUCCCUCGCCGACUGGCGAACCAUCGAUCAAAAGAAGUAUACAUUUUCUUUAAACGGAGGCACUCCCCAGUCCGGCGAACACAUGCUCCAGGUUGGCACGUAUAACGCCCUCCUGACCGCAAGCUCGUACUAUGAUCCGGCACACAAUGAUUUCGAAACGAGCCAUAAGGCGUUCAAGCGCAUGAUGCCUACGUUUGCCUGGGAGGUGAAGGAAGUGUACAGCGGACCACCAACGGUGAUUUUCAAAUGGAGGCAUUGGGGAAACAUGGCGAAUGAUUAUGUGGGGUAUAAUGAUCGCGGGGAGAAGGUCAGCGUCAAGGCGCAUGGUGGGCUCAUUGAUAUCCAAGGCAUUGUCAUAGCCAAGGUGAAUGACAAGCUUGAGCUGGAGAGCAUUGAUGUCUGGUAUGAUCCGAUGGAUAUGUUUCGCCAGAUUGCACGCGACAGUGCGGAAACCAUUGCCGAUACGGCCUCUGCAGCUAGGGGCUGUCCGUUCUCGGGAGCGGCAAAGACAUCUUCUGAAUGAUAGGUAGUUUUACCCCUCCGAUGGGCUUGUGUAUAUAUGAUUGAACGUCCGGAUAUCCUCUAAAUCAUCACAGUGCCUAAGUCAGUGUGGCUGCUGGGUAUUCAUUGGUGUAGGAAAAUCGCUUGGAAGAGUAGCCUGUGUUCAGUUUAUCGCCAAACCUUGUCAAACAAACCAAAGUGUAGAGUGAUAAAUGGUUUAUCGCUUCGCUACUUUAUCAAUCACAUAUGACCGUCGUUUAUUAUAACAAUCAACAGGCAUAGCCCUAGUUUGC